AUGGAAACCAAAAGUUUUAGAUGGCUGCUUGAAGUUUUAUUACACGAUCAUGUAACAAUACCUGUAUUAGACACAUUUUUAGUCAACAAAUCCCAAGUAUCAUCAUGAAUUACAACAGAUAGUAAAGGCAAACUAAGCAAAAAAUUGAUGGAUGAAGCAACUUACACACUAGGGACAAUUGAUCUGAUAAGCUCGGAAUAUUCUGAGGCAAUAAAAUUAAGACAAAGAGGGUUGGAUAUUGCUUAUGUUUACACAAGGGAAGGAAGAAUAGUUCUUUCUCAAAAUACACUAGAGGAAUUUAAAAUGAGGAAUCUUUAUGGUGUUACUAUUUUUUGUAUUCAAAGAGUGAAGCCUCAUUUAGGAGAAUCUUCAAAAUUAUAUAGACUGAAGCUGGAAUAUUCUAAAAACGAGUACACAGCUGAGUUUUAUUUGCUGAAUCCUUUUCUAAAAGUAAAAAAUAGAGAGUGAUUCCAAGAAGUAAAAGACAUAGCCACCACAAUUUUAGCAGCAAUUUUAGAAGACACUGAAAAAGUGAUAGUUUCUAUUGAGCUAGAUUUCAUGAAAGAUGAAAGAAACCAAUUCUGGCUUGCAUAUGUAUGGAGCUGCAAACUGGUUCCUUGGGAUAUUUUUAAAGAAAGCAACUUUGACGUCAAAUUUACUUAUAUUAGAAUGGACUCAAAAGUUGACCUAGCAAUUAAACUAAAAAAAAGAGAAGAUAAAGGCAAUAAGCUUAUAAAGAGCAAAAAAAAACUCUAUCAAUUUCGCGUAAGAACUCCAGAAGAUUCUCAUGAUAGUGAAGAUGACGAUUACGAGCAUGGCUGACACAAUUUUAAAAAAAAUUCGAAAAUAAAGUUAUUAGGCUCUGCGCUUUUGAAUGGAAUUAUAUCAACAGAACCGAAGCCAGAAAGCAGAGAUUCUAAAAAAUUUUUAUCUAUAUUAGGAAACAAUAGUGGAGGAAAUGCAAGUGAAAGAUCGUUAAAACAAAAAUCUGCACCCCAUUUUGAAUCCCCAAAUAAAAUAAAUCCGCAUUUUUUAGAGCUGCUUUGUAAAACUAGAGCUAAAGUGAAAUUAAUUAAAGAAGGCAAAAUUUAUAGCUUGAGACAUGAAGAUGAUAGCGAAUUAGACAGGGAAAAAGAGGAGCUGCUUAAGGAACUAGAUCAAGAUAAAAGUGGAUCGAGAACUACUUCAAGAAAAUUAUCAUUUCUUGCCGGAAUGUAUAAAAAAGAAUCUACAACUAAUCCAAAAUCCGAAAAAACUUCCCCACGAGCAAAUAUUCAUAUCGCACAAAAAUUGGAUUUUAAUACCUUAAGUUCUGAUGUCACAAAAAAACUCUCCCCGAUAGCUAAGAUACCUCAAACUACGACUCAACGAAAGCGAAAAAGCAGAAAACUAAAAUCCAGAAAAAUAACUAUAAUCCCAAAGCACCCUCCAGUGCUAAAUCCAUUGCCAAGGGUAAGUCUCCCAACCAAACUGCUUAACCCUACCAUAAGUUCUGCAACUCUUUCUCCCGAUUUUUUAACUCCAAAAUCAAGCCAUUCCCCUUCUUGGCUGCCACAUUUUCCUUAA